UCACUAAAAUGCUUCCUCUGAAUAAAACAUCCUCUUCUGUUUCAGCCAUAUCCAAAAGCUUCAAUGCUACUACUUCUCUUAAAAUCCAAUGCAAGGCCCCAUCAGUUAUUGUUUCUGAUCAAAGCCAGCAAGUUUCUCGUCGAUCUGGAGACUUCAAGCCUGAUGUUUGGCACUACGACUAUAUUAAGUCAUUGGACAAUAAUUAUAAGGAACAUGCAUAUGAAGAAGAAAGCAGAAUGCUUAGGGCUGAAGUUAGGGUAUUUCUUUCAGACACAGUGAAUCCUCUGCAACAACUUGAGCUUAUUGACACCUUACAAAGGCUUGGAUAGCUUAUCAUUUCAAGAG